GGAGGGUGACGUCACGGGCUCCGGUCCCGGCGGCAGAAAUAGGGCAGCCGCGCUAGCGGUGGCACAGCGGCGGGCGGCGGAGGUUCGGGGGGCCGGAGCUCGAGCCUGUCUCUAGCGCGCCGGGGUGGGGGAACCAGCCGACCGCCGAAAGACGACCCAGCCGGGGGGCCACGGGGUCCGGGUCGCCGUCGCUGUCGCCGCCACGGGGCGCUCCCUCCCUUCCAGCCGAGUCCGGCCACCUGGUCUCUUCCCCCUCGGCCCCGGCCGCCGGAGACUGGACAAAAUGAAGCCGGGAGGCUUCUGGCCACACCUUGCCCUGCUUGGGGUUUCCCUGCCAGCUGUGCUAGGAUGGAUGGACCAAGGACCCGGCAGAAGCCUGGAUGUGGUUCUGGGAGAGUCGCCACAGGCAGAGGAAACGAGAGGCUUUGAAGUCACAAGCAGAGAAGGUCUUUCCAGCCCUGGACUGUCGCCCUCCUGUAGAAAGAAACUCUGCAGCCACAGGAGCAGGUGCUUGCUCAAUAGGGCGACAGAGCAGCCCUCGUGCCGCUGUCAGGAGGUGUGCAGGCCCCGCUACGUGCCUGUGUGUGGCUCCGACGGCAGGCUCUAUGGGAACCACUGUGAGCUUCGCCGCACAGCCUGCCUGCUGGGCAAGAGAAUCGUCAGCGUACACAGCAAGGACUGCUUCCUCAAAGGUGACGUGUGCACCAUGGCUGGCUAUGCUCGUCUCAAAAACGUCCUCCUGGCACUCCAGAGCCGCAGACAGCCACAGCCACCCCAACAAGGAACCAACAGGCAAAACCUCGCCUCCCAGAAGCGCCUCUUGGUGGAGUCGCUGUUUAAGGACUUGGAUACUGAUGGCAACAGCCACCUCAGCAGCUUGGAGCUGGCUCAGUAUGUGCUAAAGGAGCCGGACAUGGAAGGUUCCCUGAACGGAUGCUCACCAGGAGACCUCCUGCGAUUUGAUGACUAUAACAGCGAUGGCUCCUUGAGUCUUGGAGAGUUCUACACGGCCUUCCAGGUGAUUCAGCUGAGCCUCGCCCCCGAGGACAAGGUCAGUGUGACCACGGUGACUGUGGGGCUAAGCACAGUGCUGACCUGUGCCAUUCGUGGAGACCUGAAGCCACCCAUUAUCUGGAAGCGCAAUGGGCUCAGCCUGAGCUUCCUGGGCCUGGAAGACAUCAGUGACUUCGGUGAGGAUGACUCCCUGUACAUCACCAAGGUGACCACAAUCCACAUGGGCAACUACACCUGCCACGCCCUGGGCCACGAGCAGCUGUUCCAGACCCACGUCCUGCAGGUGAAUGUGCCACCAGUCAUCCGAGUCUAUCCAGAGACCCAGGCUCAAGAACCGGGAGUGGCUGCCAGCCUGCGGUGCCAUGCUGAGGGCAUUCCCAUGCCCAGAAUCAUUUGGCUGAAAAAUGGCAUGGACGUCUCAGCCCAGAUGUCCAAACAGCUCUCCCUCUUGGCCAAUGGGAGCGAACUCCACAUCGGCAGUGUUCGCUAUGAAGACACGGGGGCCUAUACCUGCAUUGCCAAGAACGAGGUGGGCGUGGAUGAAGAUAUCUCCUCCCUCUUCAUUGAGGACUCGGCUAGGAAGACCCUGGCAAACAUCUUGUGGCGGGAAGAAGGCCUCAGCGUGGGAAACAUGUUCUACGUCUUCUCUGACGAUGGCAUCGUUGUCAUCCACCCUGUGGACUGUGAGAUCCAGAGACGCCUGAAGCCUACAGAGAAGAUCUUCAUGAGUUAUGAAGAAAUCUGUCCUCAUGGGGAAGGCGGUGCCAGCCAGCCAUGCCAGUGGGCAUCUGCAGUCAACGUCAGGAACCGGUACAUCUACGUGGCCCAGCCAGCACUGAACAGAGUCCUUGUGGUCGACGUUCAAGCCCAGAAGGUCUUACAGUCCAUAGGUGUGGACCCUCUGCCAGCUAAGCUGUUGUAUGACAAAUCGCAUGACCAAGUGUGGGUCCUGAGCUGGGGGGACAUUCACAAGUCCCAACCAAGCCUGCAGGUGAUCACAGAAGCCAGCGCUGGCCAGGGCCAGCACCUCAUCCGAACGCCGUUUGCAGGAGUGGAUGAUUUCUUUAUACCCCCAACAAAUCUCAUCAUCAACCAUAUCAGGUUUGGCUUCAUCUUCAACAAGUCUGCCUCUGCGGUCCACAAAGUUGACCUGGAGACUCUGAUGCCCCUCAAGACCAUCAGCCUGCAGCACCAUGGCUGCCUGCCUCAGGCCAUGGCACACACCCACCUCGGCGGCUAUUUCUUCGUGCAAUGCCAACAGGACACCCCCACCUCCACCGGCCCCCAGCUGCUCAUUGACAGUGUCACAGAUGCAGUGCUGGGCCCUAACAGCGACAUCACAGGCACCCCCCACGUGUCCCCAGACGGACGCUUCAUCGUCAGUGUCUCCAGCAAGGGCCCCUGGCUGCACGUGCAGGAGGUCACCGUGCGAGGGGAACUCCAGACUCUCUAUGAUCUAAAAAUAAACCCAGGUAUCUCGGACUUGACCUUCCAGCAUUCUUUCACCGAAGGUAACCAGUACAACGCCUACGCCACCCUGGACAAGGAGCCAGAGCUGCUGUUCCUGGAGCUGUCCACCGGGAAGAUGGGGAGGCUGAAGAACUUGAAGGAGCUACCCACUGGGCCAGCCCCACCCUGGGGUGGGCCCCGCAGAGUCCUGAGGGACAGCGGGCUCUUUGGACAGUACCUCCUCACGCCAGCCCAAGAGUCGCUCUUCCUGAUCAACGGGAGACAGAACGCUCUGAGGUGCGAGGUGUCAGGCAUAAAGGGUGCGUCCACAGUGGUAUGGGUCGGGGAGGUAUGAAAGGUAAGGAACCCUGGGUCCAGGAGUACCAGUUCUCACACCGCAGCCCCAACCCAGUGCACUGUACAUUUUCACAGACAGAAAAAAGAAAAAAGAAAAAAAAAAAAAAAAAAGCCAAACCCUGUACUUCGCUUUGUGGUUCGACACAAGUUCCCUAGUGUAAGGUAUGCGCUGCCACCAAGAUUGGGGGGUUUUCAUUCAGAAGUAUGAUUUGACGCCUUGAACUGUGACGAGAAACACUUGCUGCUGUGUGCGGGAAAGUCACCUCCAUGCCCGGCUGCAUGCCGCGUCGCCUGGGGACACCGCAGAGCCUAGGGACCCUGCUGCCCGGGCAGACACUUCUUCCGUAGGUUGCCUUCACAGUCAUUGAUCCUAACCUGCCGGCCCCAGCCAGCCUGCGCCCCAAAGGAGUGGCCUGAGCGGCAGCCUUGAGCAGAGCUGUCUCUCUUGAAGGGCUGGGGACCCCACUUGCUCCAUCCCGGACGCUGCUGUUUGCUUGCUUUUCCAGCUGAGCUCUACACCCCUGAGGGAGAGCCCCUGAGACUUACUACAUCCUGGGGAGUGGAGAAAUCACUCGCUUUAUUUUGGAAUUUUUUUUUUUAUUAAAACUAAUUUUUUUAAUAUCGCAGAUGCCAGGCUGCAGAGAGACGCUCUCCGAGGUCUGGAUGUAUUCUUUCCUGCCUUAGGCCAAGUCUCUGAGGGAUGAGGGUCCCCACCUUACACUCCCCACCCGUGCAGAAAAAAUUGACAUCCAAGAAAUAGCGGAACCACGCCAUUGUGUUGGCCCAAGUGCGGCCCAUACCAGGUUAAAAUCUAUGCUGGGACCCCCAAGAGAGCAAGCUGAGCCCUGUGUGCCUGCUUUUCACCAUGGAAAGGCAACUCCUUAUUAAGGAAGCCUAAUGUACCAACAGAAGUCCAGACCCCAGGGCAGACCAGCCUUGCUAGGCAAGGGGUAAGCAGCCUCUGGACUUCAGACGCCAUAGUGCCAUCCAUCCAGAGCCCUAAGGCUGUGCUUCUUCUUGAGCCCUAGGCACCAAUGCCUCGGCCCCUGUCGCCACGCUGCAAGAGAGCCCUCUUCCCGGUUUUCAUCCCCACGUCCCAGUCUACACACUCUCCACCAAUGCAGAAGCCACAAAGAGCUGUGUCAGCCCCUCCCCCUUCUGCCUGUGGUAGGCUCUCGAGCCAGCAGGAAGAGGCACAACCCAGCCAGCCUAUGGGGACCACCUGUGUCAGAGGCUUUCAGCAAGAAAAAGACUCCCAACCCAGGCUUCUCAGAACGCUCCUGUCCCCUGCCAUGUCCGUGGCCAAACCAUACCUGCUUUCUCACUUGCAUGAUUUAGUCUGCAAACCCUACAGCACUGAGACAGCGGGUCCAACCCCCACACUUCAGCCAACUUAGCCGCUUUCAUCUACCAGCAACGGCCAUGACUUUGAAAAUACACAGCGCACCUCACUCCCGCUUCCUUCGUGAGUACUCAGUCCCGCCUUGUCCAUUCCGGUCUCCUGCACUAGCCCAGCCUGUCCCUCACCUUCUGUCUCUUAGGCCACUAGACACCUGACCCUUACAGCCCCAGGCAUUUACCUGUUACAUAUCCUAUCGUGUUUCAGAUUUGGGUGAUGACAAGGCACACACAGGUUGAGGAUGCCGAGCUCAGGGGCCUGAGGGUUAGUAUCACACAUCAGGAGGACAUAUAUUACCCCUUUUUCUAUCUGCCUCCAAUUCUUGAUAGGAUUCCCAGAGUCUGUUUUCACUAACACCUUCCAAUGUUCACAAAUUUCUCCUUUUGGAAGAAUAGCAUCUGCUUCAAGCAGAAGGAUCCUGGAGCCUCAAAGAGGCAAAGCACCAUCCCCCCCACUCCAUCCAAGCCAGAGUACUCACCCUUUUUGGAUGUAGGACUCCAGAAUCAAAGGCUAACCUAGUCCACCAAACUGAAUGAAAGCAGGAAUGCUACUUGGCCACUCUUCCCACACACACCUCUCUCUGCAUAUACCUGGAAAGCAUCCCACAUUUCUCUCUUCUUCUGGGAGAAUUACUGGAGACAGCCAGCAUACGUCCAGUGACCUGCAUGCACGGAUGCAGUUAAAGCAAGAACUCACAAGCCUGAAGCCUAGUCCGAUGUCAGUAGGUGCAGUCACAAAAGUGGGAUGACUCCCUGGCAGGGACACAGUAGUGGAAGGCAGAAGACCACAGGGAAACCUUCCCCUCUCUCCACUUUGGGGCCAGAAGAGACUCCUGUGUACAGUUCAAAGCUCACUGGCAGAGGACGGCAACACAAGCAGGUCUCCUGCAACAAGCCCAGCCUGUGGCGGUUGCUCUGAGGAACACAAAGAUUAACAACUAACAGUUUCCCCAGGGAGGACUGGUUCAACCAACAAAGUCACCAGGAAAGAUAUUUACAUAAACCCCAUCCCUAAUUCUUAACAUUCGACUGAUGACAUAACCAUUCAACAGUUCUCUUCUUUCCAGAAAGACAAACACCUAUGCACCUGUAGCUACUGGCUUUCUGUCUGCCCCAAAAGCCUCCCUCUGAACAUCCUACCCAGCUACCUAUGAAUACGUGGAAGAGAGACUUCCUGCCUGCCUGAGUCUGUAACCCUCUUGUCCGAGCAGGCCUGAGGGUGGGCCACCCCCAAAACGCUAACAGGAUCUCUUCAGUCCCCAAACCACACAAAUAUCCUGCUGCCUUCCUGAAUCCCAGGGGGAGGCUGGAAACAGCCUGAAGUCAUGGCCAAGAUGAAACACUGAUGCCAAGCCGUAGGUUCUUUGGUGUAGAGAGAGCGAGCACCUCCAGAGAAGGCAGUUCAGUUCCUCUGCUCCUUACCUCCCCACACUGCGCUAUCUCCCCCUCUGCCUGCUCCUCUGUUCAGGAAAGGACUCCAACUGCAGAGAGACAACCCCAGGAAGGCAGGUUGCAACCCCAAACAAAGCCGAGAGCAAAGGCUCUCUGCCACAGAGCAUGGGAACUUGCGAGUCUUCAUUCAGCUAAGCAGCCCGGAGUCGGCUUUGUACAACCGCAUCUUUGUCUGUUGACCAAUAACCUGUGAACUACGGGAGAUCUCAGAACUGAGCUGUGAAAACAGAUUCACUCUGGAUAUAUUUUUGUACCACGAGCUAAAGUGUAGUUGCUUUGUUUUUUUUGUUUUGUUUUGUUUUGUUUUUUUGGUUUUUUUUUUCAUGUGUUUCAUUUGAAUACUACCGAUGCUGAAUCAUCUUCGCUAACACCACAGCUAUCUCCAACCCUCCCUUCCAGAAGCAAGCCUCCUGGAGAACUGUUACCGCCACCACCCCCUCCCUCCUGCACACCCACCGAUCUACCUCACAUCUUCCUCCCAGGCACCCAGCACCCCCAGAAUGCCACCCCAGGAGGCCAGAGGUGAUGGAAGACCAGGAAGUGCUCCACAGGCCUCACCCCUCGUCCUGCUUCAUGUGUGAUCAGAACCCAUGUGACAGCACCUUGCUGUCUGGAAUCACAGCCCAGACCCUAGCUCUCAGUUCUACAGAGUUAGGAUCUGGAGACUAGAGAAAAGAACUGUCAGGGUGGUCAGAAGGAAGGACCCUUGUCCAGCAAUGAGAGAGCUGGUGACGUUUCAUUUCAGCCCUGUGUCAUGCUAGGCAGUCCACCCUCUCCAACCUCUCUCUGCUCCCACUUCAUUCUCUUUCUUCCUGGUUUCCUUCCUUCAUGAGUCCCCCUGUGGUGGCCCUCCUCCUCCGAGGAGCAACAACUCUCUAUCACAUCAGUGUCACGUGUCCUUUGCCCACAAGCGCUCCUUGUUUUGAGGGUUCAGGUGAGAAGUCACUCACGGACCUGAUGAGACCAUUUGCAGCCAGGCCACCACAGAGGCAAAGCAGUUUUGUUCAAGAACAUCACUGACUGCCUUUGUUUGGUUUCUCUCCACAACCACAAGGGUGAUGCGUGGGAUAUGUAAAAGAUCCAGCGGGAGCAAGGCACGAAGGGGGUGACCACAGAUGCUGGGGGCAGGUGGAAGGUAACCCAAUUCCUGUUUACUUCCAGAACCUGAGGACCUGGGUGGCUUGGCUGGGCCUGUGGGCUUGGGCAUUAACUUCCCAACAGACCCCUAGAGAUAAUAAGCAAGUGGCCUCCAUAUUCUCCUUUGGCUCUUUGGGCAUUUAAUUACACUUUGAGGAAGUGUAACUCAACCAAACACAAUGGGUGAAAUUAUGGGAUAUAUAGGGAGGGAGGGAAGAAACGGACUUCCAGAGUUCAGAGCAAGACUUUUUAGCUGGCACCGAUGCACCUAGGAUAUUUUUGCUCUUUAUACAGAGUCACGCUUGUGUACCUUUCUUUCCAAGCUCAACUUAAUGACCAGUGACAGUCCAUCUCCCAUGGCUCACCCUCAUGACAGCUCCCCACACUCACACACACACACCCCUGCCUGCCUCCUCUGCCCUCCCUCCCUGCCCCGGCCCCAUGGCUCCCCAUCUUCCCAGUGCUGCUGCCCUGCUUCCUGAAGGCUGUGUAAAAUGACCCAAAGUGAAACUGG